CACGAAGCAGCCAGGGCCAUGAGGCAGCCAGGGCCACAAGGCAGCUGGGGCCGUGAGGCCCGAGCCCCUUGAACGAAUUUUGUGCAUCAGGUUGUUGUAUAAUGUUGAACAUAUUUCAGAUGACAACACACACUCUGAUAUGCAACUCUCUUUGCUGCAUGAUACCAGUGGCAUUUUAGAAAUGUGAUUUUGUGAAAAACUGCUUUGUAAAUUGACCUAAGUGUCAUAUUGGCUUUUGUUGGGGGGCUAGAGUGGAAGGGAGUAAAGAAACUUAUACUUGUAUUGGUUAGGUUUUUAUUCAGAAUCAUUUGGAAAUCUUUAAAGUAUUCACCAAAUACAGUGUCAAAUUCUUCAGCUUUUGCAAAUUUUAGCAAAUAGCAAUUCUUGGAAACAAAUCUUGCAAACAAGAAGACAUUGAAAUUUAUCUCUAUAAAAACAAGGGAAGAACUGAAAAAUUAAGUCCUAAGAGUUCAAGAUUUAUUUUAGAAGUUGUGUCAUUUACAAUAUCUCAACGAUUGUGAAGACUUGAUGGAGCUUCUGUUUUUAAUUAGAUAAAUUUAUAUUUUGUAUUAAAGUGAAAUGACAUUUAGAAGGCAGUUGAUUUUGUAGUAUCUAAAUUUGGUGAUUUUUUUGUCUUAUAAAGAAAAGUUUUAUUGACGAGGGGGAAAAGCUAAAUAUCUGGGUUUGAAAUAUUUACACAUUUUAAUAUAAUAUCCUUCAUUCAACAGAAUUUCUCUGCACUUAUCAGACUAUCUAAUACAAUAAAAAGGGUGUUUUCUCCAAUAAAAAUAUUAUGGUUUAUAGAGAAGAUUAACUUCAAAAUGUCAACAGUGUCACAAUUAUUGAUCAUAAAAUUCAGUUUUGAAGAUUGUAGGUAACCUUAUUUUUAUUUAAAAAACUUCAAAAUAAUAAGACCUUACAAAAACACAUUCUUCAUAGAGAUACCAAUAACUUAGUAUUAGAGGCAGAUACAGCUAAGAAAGUGAUUACAGUAAAUGAUUAUACAGUGGGUAAUUCUGCUUGUUUUCAAUGCUUCAUUAUAAACGGAUGUUUUUAUCUUACAGAAAGAAUUUUAUAUUUGAAAAUGCAUUUUAAUGAAAACAAGCCCACCAACAUAGUAAAACAAGUUUUACAAUCAACAAAUACAUAUUUUUAAAAAUUACGUAAUUUUAAUUACUUAAAAUUCCCAAUAUAACUCAAUAAUUGUCAGAUAACAUAUUGAAAUAGUUUCAUUUCUUAAAAAUUAAUUUCAGGGAUCAGAAAUAUAAGCAAAAUGUAUCACUCUAUUAGCCAAUAUAUAAAUAUAUAUCAUUGCAGUGAACAGACUUAUUUUCUUACUCUGAUUUAUUUAGGUUGCACAUUCUAAAUCUCAACACUCAAGUGACUUUAGAAUAGCCUAAAUUCUUACUCUGGGAGAGAGGGUGAGCGGAGGGAUCGAAUCUUGACCUCGAGGAAGAGCCUUCAAGUUGCCGAGGGACCGAGGAUGUCCUUUGACCUCCGCGCGGCGUCACGUGGACUGACGGGGGCGGGGCGAGAAAGCUAAAUCAGUUCCCUCCGGGUCAGUGACAGGCGUCUUCUCCACGAGGUAGUUCGUGGCUUCUUGAAUCUUCCUACUCCCAGCGUUUGGUGAUUGUGAUUUCGGUGAUGAGCUCCCAUAGAGGCAACGUGGCCCGUUCCAGGCCUCAGAGACAUCAAAACACGUUUAGCUUCAAAAAUGACAAGUUUGAUAAGACUGUUCAGACCAAGAAAAUUAAUACAAAACUUCAUGAUGGAGUAUGUCAGCGCUGUAAAGAAGUUCUUGAAUGGCGUGUAAAAUACAGCAAAUACAAACCAUUGUCAAAGCCUAAAAAAUGUGUUAAAUGUUUACAAAAGACAGUGAAAGAUUCUUAUCACAUAAUAUGUAGACCAUGUGCCUGUGAACUUGAAGUUUGCGCAAAAUGUGGAAAGAAAGAAGACAUUGUUACUCCGUUUAAUAAAGAAACAGAAAGGACAGAAAACAUUGAAAAUAAUCCACAUUCCAAUUGUAGAAGAAGCUGCAGAAGAAAUAAAGAAGAAAGUGAUGACUUAGAUUUUAAUAUUGAUUUAGAUGACUCAGAAGAAGAUGACAAUCAAAUAGAUUAAUAUAUUAAAAGUCAGUGUGAAAACAUGAAA